CAUGGGAAUAGUUGACGAACAGAUGCCGUUGUGUUUGUAUGACUUGAUUAGUAUUGCCGCCCAAUUAAUAGGCUACUUAGUGGUGGUGGCGUUCGUGAACUGGUACCUCAUAUUCCCAGCACUGGUCCUAAUUAUCCUAAUCUUGCAAAUCCGAUGGAUUUAUAUAAAAACAGCGAGAGAUUUGAAAAGAUUUGAAAACAUGGCCCGGAGUCCCAUAUAUAACCACAUGACCACCACAUUGAGUGGUUUGGCGACUAUCCGUGCGUUUGGGACACAGAAUAUGUUUAUGAAUCAGUACUACCGGUACCAGAAUGACCACACUUCCACUUACUUCAUGUGUUUCAACUCAUCCAGAGCUCUCGGAAUAGUGAUGGAUUACCUGUGCCUGCUAUACAUAUUAUGUGUGACUUUAUUCCUAAUGCUAUUCCCCGAGGGAGUUCCCGGCGGUAGCGCGGGUCUGGCGCUAACGAUGGCGUUGGGAGUGACGGGUAUGACUCAGUGGGGGGUCCGGCAGUCGGCCGAAGUCGAGAAUCAGAUGACAUCCGUCGAGCGGAUCGUCGAAUACAGUCGUCUC